AUGGAGGAUCGGACUGCUCCAUACAAGAUUUGCGUUUUCGGCCCUGGCGACGCCGGCUGCAUCAUCAUCCGCGAAGCUUGCCGCCUACCAGAGUUUGAAAUCGUCGGAGUUUUCGUGUUUCAAGAACAAAAGGACGGUGUUGAUGCAGGCACACUGGCCGGUAUCAACCCAAUUGAGGUCAGAGCAACGCGCAGCUGGGAAGAGUUCUUGGCCAUCGACUGCGAUGUUGUGGUUCACACGGCUCUCGAUUCUCCGGCGACACCUCCGCUUUCGACGUAUAUAAGACUACUCGAUGCAGGCAAAAAUGUCCUGACGACCCAUCCGUACAGCUACCUUCCAGCACGGGACAAACGUUUCGGAGACGAGAUCAAGGCAGCAUGUCAGCGAGGAAAAGCAACUUUUCAUGCUGGAGGUCUUAACCCCGACUUCAUGACACAGCGCUUCACUACCUUGCUGACGGGGCUUUCAAACGAUGUUAAACGAAUCAAGAUCGAAGAGUAUUUCGAUUGUGCCGAUCAAAAAAAUACAGGCCUGCUGAAAGUCAUUGGUCUGGGAGGAGUUCCAGAUGAGACUAUCGACGAGAACAGCCCUGCAAUAUGGUAUCAGAAGCAUUAUAACUACCAAAUGAUCCAGCAUCUGGGCGAAGAGUUUGGGGUCAAGAUUUCGAGGAUCGGCGGGGACAAGCAAGUAUUCGCCGCGCCGCGAGACAUCACCCGGCCGGUUAUGGAAAUCAAAAAGGGCGAGACCGGCCGCAUUUCAUAUACGUCCACAGGAUAUCUCGAAGACGACGCUCCUUUUAUCAGUAUCACGAUUACAUAUUUCUUCGACACUUUGAUGAGGCCUGAGCAUCUUGAGCCUGAUAACACAUAUAUCGUCACUAUUGAAGGUCGUCCUUCAACUCGAACAGUUCUCAGCAUCCGGCCGUCAUAUCUGACAGAGACAAAGGAGAUGCAGAAUGAGCCUGCGGCACCCGCUUACUUUACGUUUGCUGUUACGAUACUCCAGGCUGUACCUGUUGUUGUCGCGGCGCCGCCCGGGUUUAAAGCACCGGAUAUCCCUGUGGUGCAUUGGAAGAAGGACCAGAGGAAGAGUGUAGGCAGAUGUUACGCAGAGCAUUAG